AGGACUCCGUUCCUAUCUUUCUUUUGCUGUUGAUGUGUGCCGUUGUCCUAGCAUGAAGUGUGAGUAACAGAGCUACCCGUGCCCAGGAGUCAGAGAGUGCAUAAUUUCAGUGGAUUAGUUAAAAGUCUAUCUCGUAUUUGCUUGUUGAUACGAUUACAAGAAGGCAAACGCCGAAUCGUUUUAAAGAGGGGAGAGACUAUCUGAGCCAACUAAAUCGACACAGUCUGAGGAGAACAGAAGUCAUUGUUUUGUCUUCUACAUUGAGGGAAUAUCAAUAAAAUACAUUCGAGUAAAAUUAGAGGCAGAUAAUGUCUUCUUUAGCAACCAACCAUUCUCCAAUGCCCACUUUAAGAGAGGGAGAAAGAGAUCGCUAUCCUGGAACACAUUCACAAGCUGUUCAACAGGACGGUCAUCAUCAUUCCCGAUCUCAUCAUCACCAUCAUGGCAGUAAUUCUCAAGGUACAAGAUACUCCUCAAGCUCUCAGAGCAGAGACCCAACUCAUCGUAGCCAUGGUAACAGUGCUGGUGGUCGUCCCUCGUCAGCCGGUACUUCAGUAGGUAACAGUGACUCAGGAUCAUCAUCUCGUAAAUUCUCUCGGCCUCCUGGUGAUGAGGUGUAUGUUCGCAACUAUCGACUACUAAAAACUAUUGGAAAAGGAAACUUUGCUAAAGUCAAACUAGCAAGACACAUGCCAACUGGAAUAGAAGUUGCUAUUAAGAUCAUUGAUAAGACCCAGCUUAAUCCUGGUAGCUUACAAAAGCUAUUCAGGGAAGUGAGAAUUAUGAAAGACUUAAAUCAUCCUAAUAUUGUUAAACUAUUUGAAGUCAUAGAAACUAAGACCACACUUUAUCUAGUUAUGGAAUAUGCAAGUGGAGGCGAAGUGUUUGAUUAUCUUGUUGCUCAUGGGAGGAUGAAAGAGAGAGAGGCUCGUGUAAAAUUCAGACAGAUAGUUUCUGCUGUUCAUUAUUGUCACCAGAAGCAUGUAAUCCAUCGAGAUUUAAAGGCUGAAAAUCUGCUUCUUGAUGGCAGCAUGAAUAUUAAAAUUGCUGACUUUGGUUUCAGUAAUGAGUUCACCCCUGGCAAUAAAUUGGAUACAUUUUGUGGGAGUCCACCUUAUGCUGCACCAGAGCUGUUUCAGGGCAAGAAAUAUGAUGGACCUGAAGUUGAUGUGUGGAGUUUAGGAGUCAUACUGUAUACAUUAGUCAGUGGAUCAUUACCUUUUGAUGGAAACAACCUUAAAGAGCUAAGGGAGAGAGUGCUUCGGGGGAAGUACAGGAUACCAUUUUAUAUGUCAACAGAUUGUGAAAACUUGUUAAAGAAGUUCCUGAUUCUUAAUCCAGCAAAGAGAGCCGUGCUUGAUGUUAUAAUGCGUGAUAAAUGGAUGAAUAUUGGAUUUGAAGGUGACGAUUUAAAACCAUAUAUUGAGCCACGUCUAGACUUAUCUGAUGAAGAAAGAAAACAAAAAAUGGUCCAAAUGGGUUACAAUUAUCAGGAAAUACAAGAGUCAUUGAAUGAAAAUAAAUUUGAUGAAAUUUGUGCUACGUACAUGCUGUUAGGGUUGCAACAAGAUCAGCAGAUGCUUUCUAAUCCUUCCUCCUCUUCUCUGUCACCAAUGGGUCUUGAGCACACCAUAUCUCUAACACCUUCCUCAAUACCUCCUCUCUCUCCAUCCACUAGAGGUGAGGCUGCUACUGGUUAUGGAAGACCACCCCCUCCCUCUCCCUCAACUAAAACUUCAUCUGCAGGCACACCCUCGGGCGCCAUGCAGAAGAAAAUAUCAGCACCUGGAGUGGUGUCAUCAUCUAGUACAAAAGCUAGGAGUCAUUCAAUGCGUCAGCCUGGUACAAGCUCUUCCUCAAGACGUUAUGCUGAUUAUGGUCAUAUGCCUCACAGAGGAAACCACACUCCUAGCUCUAGACAUACUCCUGAUGUUGUCAUUGAUAACUGUGACCACAACCCUUCAUCUAAUAAUCACUAUCAGACAGCAAUGAAUAAUAUAUUGGUAUCUGGUGAUAGUCCCAGUACUGUCAGUAGUGCUGCUUCUAAUCCUAACAGAUCUGAUGUGCCACCAGGGGCUAGGAGGAAAGGAUCUUUUGAUCCAAAUUCAAGGAGGGCUACUAUGCAUUUUGAAGGAGUCAAUCACGUUGAUACUAAUAAGCUCAAUACGCCUGAAAUUAGUCCAGCUCGAGAACCUCUCGUUACAUCAACCCCAUCUUCUGGAGCUAAUUUUCAACGCUCAUAUUCUUCUAGACAGCCUCGUAAUAAAGGGCGGGGCUCACUCCCUCCUAUUGAUGAUAUCCAUGAUCCUCUUAGACCAAGUACUGCUCACGAUCGAUCAUUACAGAAUCCUAAUCCUUUAACUGUUGCAUCUCACCAACCUUUCGUUCGUCAGACCCCAUCAAGAAGUACCUUUUCUCAUACUCCACGGAGCCGUGCUCCUGGUUUACAUGUUGGGUCUCAGAGUCCUUCUCACGAUAUUGAGAGAGGAGGAGCUUCUAUUCAUGCUCAAGGCCCUCAGAGUGGCUUCUUUAAAAGACUCAUACCUUCAAGAUUUAGCAGGAGAGGUUCAGCUGCUACAACGACUAUGGAGCAACAAGAGAAGCCAAGAUCAUUACGUUUUACAUGGAACAUGAAGACAACCUCAGCCAUGGAUGGAACUGAUAUGAUCAUUGAAAUAAAACGCGUCCUUGAUCUUUUAUCUAUCGAUUAUGAGCCAAGAGAUAGGUUUCUCAUAUUGUGUGCUCACGGUGAAGGAGAAGGUGGUGAACUCAUACAGUGGGAAAUGGAGGUUUGCAAGUUGCCACGUCUCUCACUGAAUGGUGUGCGUUUCAAGAGAAUUUCUGGCAAUACAAUGUCUUUUAAAAUGAUUGCUUCACGGAUAGCUGAUGAAAUGAGGCUGUGAAGCUCUCCCAUUGUGCCCAUGGAGGAAGGAUAUAUUGACAUUAUUUAAAUUAAAUAUGAAUUAAUUUAACAGGAGAAAGAUAUGUUAUUUGUAUAAAAAUAAUACACACAUUAUUUGUCGUACUACUACAGUAUUAUAAUAGUGCCUAUCCUCAUUUUCUUUACACAUUAUUUGUUUUGUCUUGAAGUGAUAAUGAGUUAUUUUGUGUACAACCAGCAAUAUUUAAUUAUUAUUAUUAUUCUUGUUAUUGUUAUUCAAUUUUUGGUGCAAAUGAUUUUCAUUGUUUUCCUGUCUCAGAAUUA